AGCGGGGAACUGUCUGAGCCUCAUCUGCCAGUGAAUGGGCGUGCACACCAUGUGAUGACGUCACUCCCGGGGAUACUUCUCUUGUGGGCGGAAGUGAGAAGUAAACAGGAGCAUCGCCACCGGCUGAAGAAGGAGAAAGCGGGAUGGCUGCUCUGAAGGACCGCCUGUCGUGCUUUCGUCACGUGCUUGUCACCUGGGAUGGUGGCUGUGCUCAGGAGGCUCUGCAGGAGUUUGUGUCUCAGGUGCAGGCUUCGGUAGCUUCAGGGGGAAGGGUCAAUGUGGAAAAUGUGGAGCGCUUGAUGAUGUCCGCUCACGCUGACUCCAGCUUUGAUGCAGUCCUUCUCGGUCUGGUCCCAGGAAGCAUUACUGUUCAUGGCUUGGAUGUUUUGGCAGAAGUUGCCCGGAUUCUAAAGCCUGGAGGAAGCCUAUUGCUUCAGGAGCCAGUGGACCCUCAAUCUGCUGGUGUAGCUGGGUUGCGGUCCUCGGCACAGCUCUCCUCCACUCUCACAUUGUCUGGAUUAACAGAAGUGACACAGAUUCUUCAAGAACCUGUGGCCUCGGAGCAGAUGAACAGGAUCAUGAAGACUUUGGGAUCUUCCAGCAGUGACGUGGUCUCUGUUACAAUAGCAGCUAAAAAACCAAACUAUGAAGUGGGGUCUUUAAGGCAGCUGUCACUUUCCAGGCGACCAGUGUCUGAAAAGCCCUCUGCAGAUCCAGCUGCCGUAAAGUUGUGGACGCUGUCGGCCAACGACAUCAAUGAUGAGGGUGUGGAUCUCUUAGACUCAGAUGAACUCCUCGAUCAAGAGGACCUAAAAAAACCACCUCCAUCUUCAUUACGAGCGGGUGGCUGUGGGGAAGGAAGUGAAAAGAAACGCAAAGCCUGCAAGAACUGCACGUGCGGACUAGCGGAGGAACUGGAGGAAGAAAAGACCAAGGGCGCUGCACCCAAACCUGCCAAUUCAGCCUGUGGUAAUUGCUACCUGGGAGAUGCAUUUCGCUGUGCUAGCUGUCCGUAUCUUGGAAUGCCAGCAUUUAAGCCAGGAGAGAAGGUCCUGCUGACUCCAGGCCAGCUUCAGGACUCCUAGUGAAGGCCCCAAGGGGCCCCCUUUUGUGUGUAUCGUAUUUACAAUAAAAUAUGUAUGUGCUGCUACA